AUGCGCGGACGCUGGCCGUUUCUCCGUUUCGAUACCGACAUUGGCGUUCUCAAUGGUUUGAUUUUGUUAUUCCUGCUUCCUCUGUUUGUGGCUGAGGAUGGGGACUUUCAGCAUCCACACCCCCAGCACCGGCAGGGCUUGGAUGAGGCGCGGUGGGCGAAUGGUCAGAACAAUGGGAUUUGUCCGGUCAGGGGAGUUGUGGAGAUACAAGCAGAAUAUCUACGGCAUCCGAUGUGUUCAGUGACCACAGGGGGGCAAGAUCCUCAGGGUGAUGGUUUCUUGCUGAAUACUACCGAGACCACGAUUACGACCACGGAAAAAGGCUUGGAGACGCCAGCAUCGACGGCUAGGUUAGAGUCUGAGCUGGAUACCGAGAGUCCACUGGAUAAUGAGAAAUUUCUCUCGUUUGAGGAAUGGAAGAAGAAGAACCUGGCCAAGGUCGGUCAAUCGGCGGAUAAUGUGCGCGGAAACAGACCUGGUUCUGGGUCGACGGAGAUGCGAAGACGGCCCUAUCCAGGCAAAAUCAGCAAUGCUUUGGAUUCGUUGGGUGAGGAGGGAGAAAUCGAGCUGGGAUUCGGCGGAUUCGACCCUGAUGAUCCCAACAUCCCGCCCUUGGGGAAGAAAGAUGCGAGAACCGCCCAGACUACGAGUGGAGAUGAAUCACCGGUCACCAAGGGCACUGAAGGGGAGAUUCAGUCGGAUGGCGUCCCCCGGAGAGGCGUUGCCCGCCGAAAAGAUGCCGGGACUACGUGCAAAGAGCGAUUCAAUUACGCUUCGUUUGAUUGUGCCGCUACGGUUCUGAAGACGAACAAGGAAUGUACCGGUUCGUCAUCGAUAUUGAUUGAAAAUAAAGAUAGCUACAUGCUCAACGAAUGUCGAGCCAAGGACAAAUUUAUCAUCCUCGAGCUUUGUGAUGAUAUCCUUGUUGAUACCGUUGUUCUUGCCAACUAUGAAUUCUUUAGCUCUAUAUUCCGCACCUUUAGGGUGAGUGUGUCGGAUCGCUACCCUGCGAAGCCUGAUAAGUGGAAGGAGUUGGGGACAUAUGAGGCAGCGAAUACUCGUGAAAUUCAGGCGUUUGCUGUCGAGAAUCCUCUGAUCUGGACGCGCUAUUUGAAGAUUGAGUUCUUGUCUCAUUAUGGAAACGAGUUCUACUGCCCGGUAAGUCUGGUUAGGGUACAUGGCACGACAAUGAUGGAAGAGUAUAAGAAUUAUGGCGAUACUGCUCGAGCAGAGGAGGAGACGGUCCAAGCGGUUCAACCAACCCAAGAGACUCCCGGCGCGGUAUCCACGGUUGAUCAGUCCAACCAGACGCAGAAAGAAAACUGCAAACGCAACGCAACUGCCUCUGUUACCAAGACGGGCGCUGAAUCUUUACCAGAUGAAGAGGCACUUGGUGCCCUAUGUUUUCCCGAGCUAGACGAAAUCGAAAAGCUCCUACUCGGGUAUAAUGUGAAUAAUAUGAGUUCGAUAUAUGAUUUGGUCUCUGAACACGAGUAUCAAUACGAUUCCCAUGAUUUGGCCGAAAGCGAGUCUGUAACCGCCAAAGCUACGGGAUCAACCGCCUCGGAAGACAUACCACAGUCCGAUACGCCGUCCACUACAAACGGCGGGGAUAAGUCCCAGAAACCAGCUUCCGAGGCGCGAGUAGCUUCCACGUCGAGCUCGACCGAGGCCGAGAAUGACACGGUGGUGGAAAGCCAAAGAACCCCAAUAGCAUCGCAGCCGCCUCCUCCAAACCCAACGACGCAAGAAUCCUUCUUCAAGUCCGUCCAUAAACGGCUACAGAUGCUAGAGACUAAUUCCACGCUCUCGCUUCUAUAUAUCGAAGAGCAGUCACGUAUCCUUCGGGAUGCAUUCAACAAGGUAGAGAAGCGCCAGUUGGCGAAAACUUCUAGUUUCCUUGAAAAUUUAAACGCCACCGUCCUUCAUGAAUUGAGAGAUUUCAGACAGCAGUAUGACCACAUCUGGCGCUCUGUCGUUCUCGAAUUCGAGCAGCAACGUCAGCAAUACCACCAUGAGCUUUUCGCCGUUACGACGCAGUUAGCAAUACUUGCUGAUGAAGUGGUCUUUCAAAAGCGCGUUUCGAUCAUUCAAAGCGUCUUCGUCCUGCUUUGCUUGGGACUAGUGUUAUUCUCCCGAAGUGCGGUAGGAUCCUAUCUCGAGUUUCCCAAGGUGCAAAACAUGGUCUCCCGCACCCACAGUUUCCGCUCGGCAUCUCCGUCUUACGAAACACCUUCCGCGAGCCCGAAUACGGUCAGACAGAGACCCUCAUAUUCAAAGGCCAACUUGCAUCGAAGAAACGUUUCCGAGGACCAGACAGACAGCGAACUUUGUAGUCCGACUUUUGCCUAUCACUCUCCGCCGUUGUCAGAAGGGCCGAGUCCGUCGGAAGAAGAGGAAAAAGGGUUAAAUGAGGUGCAGUCGGAUUAUGCUCGGCCAAUGAGUAGUAGUCCGGUGCCGGUCGAAAACCUUGCAACGCUCAAGCGACAGAAGAGUAGUCCGGCAGAGCUGGGUGAGGCGACUAAUAAUGCCGAGUUGAGACCACCUUGA